GUUAUCCAAAAUCCACCCCGCCAAGCAAAACAUUCCGUUUCCGCACUCGGUCACUUGCACAGCUUUAUCUUCUACUCUUCAACUGUAGGGAAGACGAAGAUCCGACCGUCCCCUGUUGCGAAACGAUCAAGAAAAUGAUUAGUAGUCUUAAUUUUGAAGUGUAGAAAAAACCACAGAAGUUGAGCGAAAUUCUAUACCAUCAUAAUAAGAUGGCUUUGAUUUCUGCUUCUAAUUCACCUAAUAUUCGUUCCUUCCACAGCAAGCCCAUCUCAAAAAACCCAAAUUUAUGCCCUUUUUCUUUAUCUUUUCCAUUGUGCAAAGCUCGGUUGUGCGCUAUAAACACCGGGUCGGACGAAGGCGGGUCGGUUGGGAACAGUCGGCAGGCGGCGUCAUAUGGGGCGGACUUACUGAGGAAACCGGUGGUGGCAUCGCCGCCCGCUAACGAUGACGAUGGGUCCGCGAAGGAAAGUUCGGAGGACGAUGAAAGUGGGAAGAAGAGUGGAGAUGGUGACACGUGGGUAGACUGGGAGGACCAGAUUUUGGAGGACACUGUGCCUCUUGUUGGCUUUGUUAGAAUGAUUCUUCACUCUGGAAAAUAUGAAAGUGGUGAUAGAUUGAGUCCUGAACAUGAGAGAAUGAUUCUGGAGAGGUUGCUUCCAUAUCAUCCAGAGAGUGAAAAGAAGAUUGGAUGUGGGGUUGAUUACAUCACGAUUGGGUACCAUCCAAAUUUUGAAAGCUCUAGAUGCUUAUUCAUAGUUCGGAAAGAUGGAGAAUUGGUCGAUUUCUCGUACUGGAAAUGCAUAAAGGGUUUGAUAAGAAAAAACUAUCCUCUCUAUGCGGACAGCUUUAUUCUCAGGCAUUUUAGGAGGCGUAGACGUAGUUACUGAAGGUAAGUUUUUGCACCAUUUUAGCUAUAUAAUGCAUUUGGUGCCAAGAAAUCCUUUUUUCCCUUUAUUGACUAGAGCACCACCACCAGUCUAAAGCCUAUGGUUUUAGUUAGAGUUGGUGAUUGAAAUUUGUAAAAUAUACUGUUACGUGGAAUUGGUCUACGAUUACUUAGUGAAAUAGUUGCUGUGUAUCGAAAUUUAUGUUUAACUUGUUUGGCAAAAUUUUGCAAGUUUCGCUUCAGCUAUUA